AUGCUCUCCCGACUCACCGCGGCCGUCGGCCUCCUCGCCACGGCCGCCGUCCCAGCCUCGGCGCACACCGUCGACGGCCGGUACGGCUACGGCCUCAUCGGCUAUGGCAUCUCCAUGUACGACCCGCCCUGCGCCUACGCCUGCCGCUCCGCCAUCGCCUACCCGCUCGAGUGCCCCAUGGACCACGACAUGCACGGCGACGACGCCGCCGCCAUGUCCUCCCACAUGUCCAUGGGCCCGUCCGCCGAGUGCUACGCCACCAACGAGCACUUUCUCCACUCCAUGGCCUGGUGCAUCCACGAGCGCUGCGGGGGCCUCCCCAUGUCCCAGCUCGAGGAGUACUGGGAGCUCAACAUCCCCGGCCGCGGGAGGGUCCAGCCCUUGCCGAGGCUGUCCUACCAGCAGGCCCUCGACGAGGUCACGGAGGCGCCCGAGACCGUGGUCGAGGCGGGCGAGACGCUGAAUAUGACAACGGCCGUCACUGAUGAGUCGUACUGGAGUCAGUAUAAUACGCUGAGGGCCUUUGAGGAGAUUGAAGUGAACCACUCGCGCUACGGUCUCGUCGUCCUCAUCACCUGCCACCUUUUACGCCUACGUCAUCGACCCCCGGCCUUUGGCACCCGCCACGCCGUACCGGCCUUUGGCCUCGCCAUCAUCCCCACCCGCGGCCAGGCCCUCUUCAUCCUGUACAUCGUCGUCGUCAACGUCGUCCUCUCCUCUGUCGGCUACCGCGCCACCUCGGACAACGCCUGGUUCGCCACCCCGGCCGCCCAGAUCCGCGCCUACGUCUCCAACCGCCUCGGCGUCCUCAGCUUCGCCAACCUGCCCCUCGCCAUCCUCUACGGCAGCCGCAACAACGUCCUGCUCCGCCUCACCAACUGGUCCCACAACACCUUCCUCCUCGUCCACCGCUGGAUCGGCGUCCUCUGCAUGCUCCAGGCCGUCCUCCACUCCGCCAUCUACCUCCAGGAGUUCCUCGAGAAUGGCACCCACGCCGACGAGAGCAAGCUGCCCUACUGGUACACCGGCAUCGUCGCCACCCUCGCCCUCAGCGUCAUCGUGCCCCUGUCCAUCCUCCCCGUUCGCCGCUGGUGCUACGAGUUCUUCGUGUCCAGCCACGUCGUCCUCACCGUCGUCAGCAUCAUCGGCUGCUGGUACCACAUCGCCUUCCGGUACAGCCGCCAGUGGGGCUACGAGACCUGGAUCUACAUGGCCAUCGCCAUCAUGUCCUUCGACCACCUCUUCCGCGUCCUCCGCAUGGCUAGGCACGGCGUCAAGUACGCCUACGUCACCGCCGUCGAUGCCGAGUACUACCGCAUCGAUAUCCCCGGCGUCAGCAGCCGCGGCCACGUCUACAUGUACUUCCCCACCCUCACCUGGCGCGUCUGGGAGAACCACCCCUUUUCCGUCGCCGGCAUCCUCGGUCGCCCCGGUGCCGAUAGUCAGGAGCCCACCAGUGCCAGCGGCAGCGACAAUGAGAAGGAGAUGACCACCACGACCAAAAUUCCCUCCACCACCACCACCACUUCCUCCACCGGCCCUGUCCCUACAGGUAGCCCCGCCGGAAUCACACUGUACAUGCGCAUCCAGGACGGCGCCACCUCCUACCUCGCCGCCCGCGCCGGUAAGGGUCCUAUCCCCGUCCUCGUCGAGGGCUCCUACGGCCGCGAAUCCGUCGGCCUGUUCCCCCACAGCCACGUCCACGCCGACUCCGACUUCCCCAACAUCGUCUGCGUCGCCGGCGGUGUCGGCAUCACCGCCAUUCUCCCCGUCCUCGAAGACGCCCAGUCCCUCGGCCGACCCCUCGGCUCGCUCAAGCUCUUCUGGGGUUCGCGAAGCCAGGCGCUCGUCGACGCGGUUUCCUCCAACGUCGCGUCUCGGUCUGUCGGCGUGGACGGGCGCGUUCGCUGGGGCGAUGCCGAGGUGCAGGUGGCGAUUGGGGAGAGGUUGAGCGUUCGCUCCAUCCUCGAAGCGGAGAUCAACGAGAAGACGGUCGGAGGUACCACGGUGGUGGUGUGUGGGCCCGCGGCCAUGUCGGAUGAGGUGCGGUGCACGGUUGCGGCUCUGGGAAGGCACAGCGGCGUGGCUGUCCGUUUGGUGGAGGAGAGUUUCGAUUGGUAG